AUGUUACUGAAAGACAAAUUGACGAAAUACUUUCCCAGCAUAAAUGUUGAAGACUAUGACUGGGUGCGGAAUCCAUUCAGUGUAUCAGUUAAUGAGGUAAUUGGUUUGACAUUGGCGGAAGAAGACAAUCUUAUCUCACUGAAAAAUGAUCGAACAAUAAAGCUAAAAUUUAAAGAAAUGACGGUUAACAAAUUUUGGAUAUAUGCUCAAGCUGAAUUUCUUGAAAUAUCUAUAAAAGCAAUAACAAUUUUACUACCAUUCUCCACAUCAUAUCUAUACGAACAAGGAUUCUCAGCAGUCACUACAAUAAAAAGUAAAAAAAGAGAACGACUUCGAUCCGUAGAAGAAGAACUGAGAGUGAGCUUGUCGACAGUUCGUCCUAGAAUAAAACGUUUCUGCACCACACGUCAAGCACAAAUAUCUCAUUAA